AUGAUUCCUGACCCGGAAGUAUCUGGGAAGACGGCGCCCAGCCUAAAACCCGCUGGUGCUCAACCCCCGUCUCAAAACACUGGUAGCUGGUUCUCUCUUGAUGGUAUCAAAGAGCUAACUCGUGGUGCCCUGUUCAAGAGCGGUCCACCGACGCCGACCCGAGCCUUGUCCGCCGCACAUCCCUCGCAAGCAGAGAAAGGUUCUGUAAGCAGCUUGAGCAUCGAUGGAGCUGAGAAGAGUGGCACCCAGACUCCUCGUGCCUCCCCUUCGACGGGAGGGCAGGUUCCUGCUUCGAAAGGCAAGAUGGCAAUCAAAAUUCCUGAAGCGCGAGGGCUGAGGAGCUGUCGGGAUCCUUACGUUGUGGUCGUGUUCCAACGGAGCGAACUGAUAUCUGGAGGGCCCAGGAUAUCCCAAGAGGAGGAUACUCUAAGCGUGACACCGUCAAGGUUUGGUGGUGUCCCCAUUCAGCGCCAGGGUAGUGAUUCGGGACGAACUCCCAUGUCUAUACCCAUGAGGAGCAGGCAAAGCAGCAAUACGAGCAAUGGGGACUCGAACCCGGCGCGUCCCCGCAAUGCGCGAACCUCGUUCACAAACCCUCAGUGGGAUGCAGAGGCCAUCUUCGAUGUUGUCGAAUCCAACAUGUCCGUCGACAUUUCGGUGUACAGCCACACGGCAAGCGGCGACGACUUCCUCGGACACGUCCAGUUUCAGGCCUCGAAAGAUGAGGAGGGUACAAAGGGCUGGUACGCUUUGCAGGGACAUGCAGACACGAUGGCCGAGGAUGCACCCACUGGCGAAAUCUACGUGGAGUCCUAUUUCCAGAAAUCCGAGAAGAAGCACUACGGGCCCACUGAUUUCGAGAUACUCAAACUCAUCGGAAAGGGUACAUUUGGACAGGUCUACCAGGUACGGAAGAAGGAUACCCGGCGCAUCUACGCCAUGAAGGUAUUGCAGAAGAAGGUCAUUGUCCAGAAGAAAGAGGUGGCACACACGGUUGGCGAACGAAACAUCCUUGUGCGAACAGCCAUGGCUGACUCCCCGUUCAUCGUCGGCUUGAAGUUCUCCUUUCAAACACCUUCGGAGCUGUACUUGGUGACAGACUACAUGUCCGGUGGCGAGUUGUUCUGGCAUCUUCAGAAAGAAGGCCGAUUUGAUGAGCGACGGGCCAAGUUCUACAUCGCCGAGCUGAUUCUUGCUAUUCAGCACCUCCACAAUAACGACAUUGUGUAUCGCGAUCUGAAGCCGGAAAACAUUCUCCUGGACGCCAACGGCCACAUUGCGCUCUGCGACUUUGGUCUUUCCAAGGCCAACCUCACCAAAAACGACACGACAAAUACGUUCUGCGGCACAACAGAGUACCUAGCGCCCGAAGUCCUGAUGGACGAGUCAGGCUACACGAAGAUGGUCGAUUUCUGGUCCCUAGGUGUUCUGGUAUUUGAAAUGUGCUGCGGCUGGAGUCCCUUCUAUGCCGAAGACACACAACAAAUGUACAAGAACAUUGCGUACGGAAAGGUGCGCUUCCCGAGGGAAACGCUGUCGCAAGAGGGACGUAGCUUUGUGAAAGGGCUGCUCAACCGAAACCCGAGACACCGUCUUGGUGCCACCAACGACGCGCAGGAACUGAAGGAACAUCCGUUCUUUGCGGACAUUGACUGGACACUUCUGACCAAGAAGCUCAUUUCUCCGCCAUUCAAGCCCAAGUUGAAGUCCGAGACGGACGUCUCGUACUUUGACCCCGAGUUUACGACCGCGCUCGACAUGAAUGGCUCGCUCAAUGAACGAGCGGCGGCCUUGGCGAGAGGGUACGCGGCUAGUACUCCGCUGUCUCCUUCUGUCCAGGCCAACUUCCAAGGGUUCACAUUUGUGGACGAGAGCGCGCUGGACGACCACAUGCGUGAUCGCCCCGUCCGAGAUGACGAGGAGAUGGAUGAUGCUAGGCGAAGCGACGAUGAUUGGGACAACCUUGAUGAUAUUGACCCUCGAAAGGCCAACAGGAUGAGCGGCAUCAUGAAGUCAGGUCCACACGAUGAACAGAUGGUGGGAGGGUCGCAUUUCGAUAUGUAA